CGUCGGUUGUAAACACUGACUCCAAGCUCGCUGGCUCUCCGUGUCGCCCUCUACUUUAGCAUAUACAAGAACGCCGAAUAGGUCGAAGAUGCAUAUCAAGUCGAUAAUCAUCGAAGGAUUCAAAUCCUACGCGCAGAGGACGGAGAUAAACGGAUUCGACCCACUCUUCAACGCCAUCACUGGACUGAACGGCAGCGGAAAGUCCAAUAUUUUGGACUCGAUCUGUUUUCUUCUGGGCAUCUCCAAUCUCACGCAUGUAAGAGCAUCAAACUUACAGGACUUGGUCUACAAGAAUGGACAGGCUGGUAUCACCAAGGCAACUGUUUCCAUUACCUUUGACAACUCCAACAAAAAUCAGAGCCCACUGGGCUUUGAAACCCACGAUGAAAUCACCGUCACCAGACAGGUGGUUAUCGGUGGCAGAAACAAGUAUCUCAUUAAUGGAGUCAAUGCCAACAACACCAGAGUGCAGGACUUGUUUUGUUCUGUUGGCCUUAAUGUCAACAACCCGCAUUUCCUCAUCAUGCAGGGAAGAAUCACCAAAGUUCUCAACAUGAAACCACCAGAGAUCCUUGCCAUGAUAGAGGAGGCUGCUGGAACCAGAAUGUAUGAAUGCAAAAAGAUCAGUGCCCAGAAGACAAUUGAGAAAAAGGAGGCUAAGUUGUUGGAGAUCCAGACUAUCUUGACUGAGGAAAUCACCCCGACGAUGCAGAAACUGCAAGAGGAGCGAUCUUCAUACCUUGAGUACCAGAAACUGAUGCGUGAGAUCCAGCAUUUGUCUCGGCUGUAUGUGGCCUGGCUGUUUGUAUGUGCUGAGGAGACGAAGCUGAAGUCUGCAGAGAAUCUGAAGGCGAUGCAGCACAACAUUGCCCAAAUGCAAGCCAGCAUGGUUGAGAAUGAGAGCAAAGUCCAGGAGCUCUCAGCUCAAAUUCAGGAGCUGCAGAAGAAGAAGGAUAAGGAGGUGACAGGAGUCUUAAAAUCUCUGGAGGAGACCCUGGCUGACCUGCAGCGUGUUGAUGCUAAAGUGCAAAGUGCUCUUGAUGUGAAGAAGCAGAAUCUGAAAGAUGAAACCAAGAAGAGAAAAGAGCUUGUUAAGAGCAUGGAGGAGGAUAAGAAAAUGGUCCUGGUAAAGGAGAAGGAGGUUUCAAAGUUGAUGGAGCAGCUACAGGCCGUGCAGGAAGAGGGACAGAAGGACAAUGCUGCCCUGGAAGCUGCUGAGCAGCAUUUUAAAGCGGUGUCUGCCGGCCUGUCCACCAAUGAAGAUGGGGAAGAGGCCACGUUGGCAGGCCAGAUGAUGGCAUGUAAGAAUGACAUGAGCAAAGCUGAUACCGAGGCCAAGCAGGCACAAAUGACACUUAAACAUGCUCAGACUGAGCUGAAAACCAAGCAGGCUGAGGUUAAAAAAAUGGACAGUGGUUACAAGAAAGACCAGGACGCCAUGCAGGCUGUGAAAAGUGUCAGGGAGAAGCUGCAGAGUGAGCUGGGGAAGCUUCAAUAUGAAGAUGGGAAGGAGGAGAGUCUGCUGGAGCAAAGAAGACAUUUGUCCCGAGAGGUCUCUCGCCUGAAGGAGACUUACGAGCAUCUUGUGUCUCGAUUCCCGAACCUGCGCUUCGAUUACAAGGACCCUGAGCGCGGGUGGGACCGCAGUAAAGUGAAGGGACUGCUCGCCAACUUAAUCACAGUCAGCGAUGUGUCCUAUGCAACAGCCUUGGAGGUUGUUGCUGGAGGACGACUUUAUAACAUUGUGGUCGACACUGAGGUGACGGGUAAAAAGCUUCUGGAAAAAGGCGAGUUGCAGAGGAGAUACACGAUUAUUCCUCUCAACAAGAUCUCUGCUAAGACUCUGAAUGAUCGUGUGGUGAACGCUGCCAAAAGCCUGGUUGGAGAUAACAACGUGCACACGGCUCUGUCACUGGUCGGCUACGAGUCCGACCUGCGGAAGGCAAUGGAGUACGUGUUUGGCUCCCAGUUGGUCUGCGAUACCUUGGACAAUGCCAAGAAAGUCGCUUUUGAUAAACAGGUCAUGACCAAGACUGUCACGCUUGGAGGGGACAUCUUUGACCCCCAGGGAACUCUCAGCGGAGGUGCUCGUUCCCAGUCCGCAUCGGUUCUCGCCAGCCUGCAGGAGCUGAAAGACGUUCAGGACAACCUUCACAAGAAGGAGAGCCAACUGCAGGACAUGGAGAAACAACUGGCCAGCCUGAAAGGAGUAGCUGAGAAGUACCGGCAGCUGAAGCAGCAGUUGGAGCUGAAGUUGGAGGAGGAGCUGAUCCUGCAGGCCAAACUGCAGCAGAGCUCCUUCCAUCAGCAGCAGGAGGAGCUGGAGAGGCUGCGCAAGGCCAUUGAGGAGAGUGAGGAGACUCUGCGCGUCACCAAGGAGGUGCAGAAGCGAGCAGAGGAGAAGUACAAGGUGCUGGAGAACAAGAUGAAGAAUGCCGAGGCAGAGAGGGAGAAGGAGCUGAAGGCUGCUCAGCAGAAGCUGAACGCAGCAAAGGCCAAAGCUGAUGCCUUCAACAAGAAACUGAAGCAGAAGCAACAGGAGUCUGAGGCUGUGGCCCUGGAGCUGGGGGAGCUGCAGCGCGAGCAGGCUGGCUACGAGCAGCAGAUCGCUGCUGUCGAUGAGGCUUCGAAGGCCAUUCAGGAGCAGAUCGACAGCAUGGCCUGCGCCGUGUCCCAGAAUAAGGAAGCCGUUCGCAAGGCUCAGGAAGAAGUGACCAAACAGAAGGAAAUCAUCCUGGCUCAGGACAAAGAACUCAAGGCCAAGAGCACAGAAGCCAAUCAAAUCCGAGAGCAGACCAAUGAAGCGCAGCUGAAGAUCAAGGAACUGGAGCACAACAUCAGCAAGCAUCACAAAGACAGUCAGGAAGCAUCUGAAAAGGUGGCUCGGAUGCUGGAGGAGCACGAGUGGAUCCACUCAGAGUGCCACCUCUUCGGGAAGCCAAACACCUCCUACGACUUUAAGACCAACAACCCUAAAGAGGCCGGCCAGAGGCUGAAGAAGCUGGAGCAGACCACAGCCAAGCUGGAGAGGAACGUCAACAAGAGAGCCAUGAACAUGCUGAAUGAGGCCGAGGAGCGGUACAAUGACCUGAUGAAGAAGAAGAGGAUUGUGGAGAACGACAAGGCCAAAAUCCUGCAGACCAUCGAGGAGCUGGAUGAGAAGAAGAACGAAGCUCUCAAUUUGGCCUGGCAGAAGGUCAACAAGGACUUCGGCUCCAUCUUCUCCACUCUGCUGCCGGGGUCUACAGCCAAACUGGCCCCCCCUCAGGGCUGUGGGGUCUUGGACGGUCUUGAAUUUAAAGUAGCGCUGGGCAACACCUGGAAGGAGAAUCUCACAGAGCUCAGCGGAGGACAGCGAUCUCUGGUGGCCUUGUCCCUCAUCUUGGCCAUGCUGCUGUUCAAACCCGCCCCCAUCUACAUCCUGGACGAGGUGGACGCUGCCCUGGAUCUCUCUCACACUCAGAACAUCGGGCAGAUGUUGCGCGCUCACUUUCGCCAUUCACAGUUUGUGGUCGUGUCCCUCAAAGACGGAAUGUUCACCAACGCCAACGUCCUGUUCAAGACCAAGUUCGUGGACGGCAUGUCCACAGUGUCGCGCACGGCUCUCAGUCAGAGCGACUCCAACGUGCCGCAGAAGGCUCACGACAAGUUCAGGCAAAAGAAAAGCAAACAGCUUAUCAGCUGAUCAGCUUCUCCCCGACCACCAGCGCUGCCGUUGGUCUUUUAAUGGUUUCUCUCGUCUUUUAACUUUUUGUACUAAUUGUGUCUCCUGUUUUCUGCAUGAAAUGUGGCAAAUCUAUUUUUAUGUGUUCGUAUUACGAAAUUAAA